UCCCAUCCUUUUAGAACGUUACUUUCAAAUAUUCCCAUAUAUUUCUUUUUCAAACUACUUCACAUGCUUACCAUCCCCCCCAACUUCCCUUCUUUAUUAAAACCAUAACUCCCUCCUUUUCUUUUUCUCUCAUUCAAGCCUCCAAAACUCUCCUUCUUCUUCUCUCUUUCACCAGCCAUGGGCAAUUGCUUCAUUCUUCUAAGGCCCACCAUACCAAAAGGCCACGAUCACAUCCUCCGUGUCAUGAAAACCGACGAAAAGAUCCUAGAGUACAGAGUCCCAAUCCUCGUCAAGGAUCUUCUCUUGAAUUUCGACGGCUACCAGAUCGGUAUCUCAAGAAAAUCCACCCAAUAUCUCCCACUCGACUACGAACUGCGGCUUGGGCAGAUGUACUAUCUUCUCCCAUCAGUCGACGACGAACAGAAAUCACUUCCUACGGACGAUGUUUGCUCGGGUGGUUCUAAACGGAUCAAGGUGAUUAUUACAAAGCAACAGCUUCAAGAGCUGCUGUCGAAGAAGGUGUCGUUGGAAGAUGUCCUUUCAGAUUUUCAGAGAGGAGACAGCGUCGACUCGAUGGAGAGCUGGCGGCCUAAGCUAGAGACCAUACCGGAAGGGAAUGAAUAUAGUUAGUUGAAGGUAGACGACCCGACCCGCUUUGUUCUUCUUCAUCUAACCGUGAAAUUUUAGUACUCAGUAUAGGGAGGGUAGAAGAGAAUACACAGACAGUGAAUAUAAACAGCAUCAAAAGAUUAUACCAAUGAUUAGCCAUAGAGAUGUUUCGUUAUGGUUGUAGUGUCAGAUACAGUUAUAAUCGACAGAGAGAAAGACAACGAUUAUCAAUGAAGAAAUUUCUCUGUGUAUAUGGAAUGCAUUUCAUGCUGUAUUGUAGAGAAUACUCUCUGUUUUCAAAACCAUUUCCAUUUAGAGAGAAUUUACAUUGCAUAAACAAGGAAAUUAGAAAACCCCCAGAGAGAGAUUUGUAUUUAAAAAUGAAAGAUAUAAAAGGCGUUCUCGUUUUCGAAAUAACGCGUUGCACGAAUUGGUAUUUUGUGAAGCAUCUAACGUAAUUAUUAGUGUUGCUCAUAUAUUUAGAUGUUCUAUGGCAUGUUUGGAUGCUCGAUUGAAUCGAAUCUCAAUGGAAUCAAUUCCAUAAAGAGGUAAUUUGGUGAGAUCAUUUAAUUUAUAAUGACGAUCCCUGUGUUUCAAGUUUGGACUUUUGAGUUUAGAUGAAGGUGGUGGUAGUUGUUGGGA